AAUCGAGCCUACUUCUUGUUUCUCGCUUAGUUUAUUGUGUACUGAACUGAGCACUUGUGAAGUCUCCUCAGCACUAAAGACGUGACCCCGUCUUUGGUUUACUUGCUCCGAACAGCUUCUCUUCCGACGCCACUUCGACUUGCGCUGGUUCUCAGACACUUCGCAGUCCAGCAAUUCGGAAAAGACGUGCUCGGAGAUAGCCGCAUUUGGGUCUUUCAGGCAUCAUCCAUCUCAGCGAUUCUCUUCACUUCAUCCCUCCCUUGUUCAACAAUACUAUUCUAAAGCCACCCUCUCCACUCUUAUCUAAAGCCUAUCAUCAUGUCUGUCCCUACGAUCGGGCGCGAUACGGCCUUCCAGGUCCGCUCCUUGUUCCGUUCAUUGCUGCGUCAGUCCUCCCAGUUCUCGAACUACAACUUCCGCGAGUACGCCCGCCGGCGCACAGCGGAUGCCUUCCGCGAGCAUCAGAAGGAGACGGAAGAUAGACGGAUACAAGAAUUGAUCCAGGAUGGAAUCCAGAACCUGCGGAUGUUGAAGCGUCAAACCGUGAUCAGCCAGUUCUACCAGAUGGACAAACUGGUUGUCGAGGGUCAGGAGACAGGCAAGCAAACUGGUAGCGAAGGUGGCAUUGUUCGCCAGAAGGAUACUGGUUAUAUAUGCGAUUCUUGAUUUGCCGGCGUAGGAACGGAGUUGCUGGGGAUUGAUCUUGAUAUCUUGCGCCGCCGAUGAAGGAGUGACUGAAUAGAC